GGAUGGUCAUCGGACGGCAAGGAGGGAAAGGAUUUAAAAUGCUGUUGUCGUACAGGAUGGUCAUCGGACGGCAAGGAGGGAAAGAAUUUUACAUGCUGUUGUCGUACAGGAUGGUCAUCGGACGGCAAGGAGGGAAAGAAGGAUCGCAAAAAGUGAAAGUGAAAAGUGAAAGCGCAAGUGAAUGAAAACAGUUGAAUGUACCGCAAGGACUAAAGAAAGGAGCGGAAUAAGAAAUUGAGCGCUAGUGAGUGAAAAAAGUGAGUGAAAAGUGAAAAAUGAAAGCGCAUGUGAAGAAAAACAGUUGAAUGUACCGCAAGGACUAAAGAAAGGAGCGGCCUAAGACAUUGAGCGCUAGUGAGUGAUAAAAGUGAGUGAAAUGCUGCGAUCAAGUGAGUGCAAGUGCAGGAGGGAAUGAAUUGAGGCAAUAUGGGCAAAAGUGAGUGUUAGAGCGCGAGUGAAAAACGAAAUAAAAUAUAAACAGCAACUACAGACAGCGGAAAGAGAACGGGAACUUCACUGAGAGAGGUUUAAGGACGGAGGUGCAUAGCACUGCUUGUUUUUUCAAUUGAGCAUUAGUAAAAUGCAAGGCCCUCAGAGCGGAGGAUCAUAGCUCUUUUUUGAUUUCGUCAGAAGACAGAAAGCAAAAGACAUUUCACUCUGUGCAUUAGUAAAAUUCAAGACAACGCAUGAGACCAUUGCACUCCGCUACCUGCAUAAGGAGGAGAGAGAAUCAAAGACAAGCGUCGUGAUGAUCUCAUCGCAGCGAGCUUAGCAUAAAGUUUUGUCCCAAAUCUAAGCGCAGCAGCCCGUUCGUUGCGUCGCGGACCUAAAAAUACUUAAAAAUCGGAAAUAACUCGCAAUAUAUUACUAAAAACCCGCAGAAGUCGCGUGCAAAAAGCCUGAAAAUUAUAAAUUUUUUUAUUGUGAAAAGCCUGAAAAGUGUGUGCGGAGAGCCAAAGGUCUAGCUAAAAGUUAAGUAAUGAUCGCAGCAUUAGUGAAAAUGAUAAAAUUCAGUGUUCUAGUAGCAGUGAAAAAUGGGAAAAAACGCCGACCUGCAAAAAGUCUUUUGCGUCGCAGCUGUCGCGCUGCUUCCAGCGCUCAUUUGGAGUGAGCAUGGAAACGCAAGAAGAAAUAACGGAAUCAUUUAAAGCUGUUGUCGUACAGGAUGGUCAUCGGACGGCAAGGAGUGCAAGGAGGAUUGCAAAAAGUGAGUGAAAGUGAAAAGUGAAAGCGCUUGUGAAAACAAAACAGUUAAAUGCACCGCAAGGACUAAAUAAAGGAGCGGAAUAAGAAAUACAGCGCAAGUGAUAGUGAAAAGUGAAAAAAAAAACCUGCCUGCCAAAAUUCUAUUGCGUCGCCGCAGCUGUCGCGCUGCUUCCACAGUGGAAACGCAGAAAGAAAGGAAUAGCGAAAUCAUAUUAUACUGUUGUCGUACAGGUGUGCAAGGAGGAAAGGAUUCCAAAAGCUGUUGUCGUACAGGAUGGUCAUCGGACGGCAAGGAGGGAAAGGAUUUAAAAUGCUGUUGUCGUACAGGAUGGUCAUCGGACGGCAAGGAGGGAAAGAAUUUUACAUGCUGUUGUCGUACAGGAUGGUCAUCGGACGGCAAGGAGGGAAAGAAGGAUCGCAAAAAGUGAAAGUGAAAAGUGAAAGCGCAAGUGAAUGAAAACAGUUGAAUGUACCGCAAGGACUAAAGAAAGGAGCGGAAUAAGAAAUUGAGCGCUAGUGAGUGAAAAAAGUGAGUGAAAAGUGAAAAAUGAAAGCGCAUGUGAAGAAAAACAGUUGAAUGUACCGCAAGGACUAAAGAAAGGAGCGGCCUAAGACAUUGAGCGCUAGUGAGUGAUAAAAGUGAGUGAAAUGCUGCGAUCAAGUGAGUGCAAGUGCAGGAGGGAAUGAAUUGAGGCAAUAUGGGCAAAAGUGAGUGUUAGAGCGCGAGUGAAAAACGAAAUAAAAUAUAAACAGCAACUACAGACAGCGGAAAGAGAACGGGAACUUCACUGAGAGAGGUUUAAGGACGGAGGUGCAUAGCACUGCUUGUUUUUUCAAUUGAGCAUUAGUAAAAUGCAAGGCCCUCAGAGCGGAGGAUCAUAGCUCUUUUUUGAUUUCGUCAGAAGACAGAAAGCAAAAGACAUUUCACUCUGUGCAUUAGUAAAAUUCAAGCACAUGCUGCGCAGGUCAUGAGUCAACUUUUAAACAAGUAAAGACUUUUGUUACCUUUAUGUUUGGCGAGACGAGUCCGCAUAACUAUGUCCGCUGGCUUUUUUGCUUUUAUGCUUCUUCUAUAAAACCAUGUGCUCGUGAUGAUCCUCAGCUAGAACGCUGUAUCAUUAAUGCAGUGUACCAGAUAAAGCCGCGACUAAUGCAUGGCGAUCUAGGAGAUGGCUAUAAAACACCACCAUUGGAGCCCCUGUCUUUGGAUAACAUAGAACUCGGCCAAAGUAGUCAGUUCCAGGCUGUGUUUACACACCUUGAGGCUAGAGGAGGCAGCAACUUUAUUAUUGAUCGUCUAAUUGCCAAGCCAUUGGAAAUAUCUUACGAUCUUUGGAUAACUCUCCCGCGCAUAGACUUUAAGGGAAAGUAUUCUAUGCAUCUAAAUUUGCUGCUUUUGGAUAUUAAGGGAAGAGGAAAUAUGCAUGGAUACGCCGAUAAUGCUAAGGCUUUUGUCAAAAUGCGUGGCACUCGCUAUUUGCGAAACGGUAAGGAGUAUGUAAAGUUCACCAAGAUGACCAUGCGCAUACAAUUUAAGGAUUUUAAGUUGAACUUAGAAAACCUCUUUAACGGCGAUCGGAUUUUGGGAGAAUUGGGAAACACCCUCAUCAACAGCAAUCAGGAAUUAUAUCUAAAUGAAAUUGUUCCUGGUCUGGAGAGUGGUCUAUCUAAAAAGUUUUUGGAUGUGGCCAACGAAAUCCUGGAUACAGCUACAUUUGAUGAAAUGUUCCCGCCUGGAAGGACUAUCAUUAAUCCCAUUUCUUUUCCUUCACUCUCAUCGGGACUCGGUCCAUCUAUAUUUGAACCGCCAAUUGCUUCGCGAAACCCUGAUGGUGGUAUUUUAGAUAAUUUACCACCUAAUAACGAGCACUUUAAGACCUUCACCCUUGAAAACUAAGUCUGAGUCUGUCAGUUUCGGCUUGCCGAAUAUAAGCUAUUUUUUCUUUAUAAUUUUCAAUCGUGAAUAUUCCCCUUAAAUUUAAACCAAUGUAUGUACUCCCAUGUGUACCAGUCUGCGGACGUACAGUCAGCCGUGCCACACGCUAAUUUGCCUUAGAGCGCUUAAUGCCCUACUCCAUUUGCUGUUGGAGGUUUGAGGAGUAACUGGAAAAACUUUUUAAUCCGCCACGAAGCUUACUCUGUUUUUGCAUAUUAAGCUAAAAGUUUUGAAAAUGUGUAGUCACCGCCUAACGGCGCCGGGGGGACAGUUUAAAGGAAACCCACACACACUUCUCCAACAUUACACCUGUUCAAUGGGUCAGGGCACGUAGUUCCCUUUCAGUCUUCCUCUCUUUCCAACGUUCUUGCUUGUGAUUAAUCACCGGCAACGACAAAGAUGAAUUUACAGAGAUUUUUUUUCGUAAAAGUUUUUACUUUCGUCUUGGCGGGGAUGGGCAGUUAAUUGCGUUGGACUUGGACUUGUGGCCAAGAAAAAGUGUUGCCUCUGUAGGAAAAUUUGGGGUGGCCCUAAUUAAAUUCAUGCGACGCAGCUGUCACAGGCAAGAAAAAAGCAUUAUCGACUUUUUAGGCGCUUAAUAUUUCAAACGAAAAUGUUUUUGAUGUAAACAGAGGGAAGUCAAAGAAAACCUUGGCAACAUCUUCAGCUUCUGCGCUGUCCAAUGCCUUGCCAAGUGUCGCCAGCAUUAAUUUCAUUUAUUAAUUUUUAACUACGCCCGCGCAACAAAAUAAAAGCAACUUGAUAAAUGGAGAGCUAGCCAGUGGAAAGGAAAUGGCAUUGGGGUGGGAGGAAAUCUUUUGCUCUUCUUUCAUUGUACGCGUCCCCAUUUUUUUCUGCUUUCUUUUUACCAUCGCUUUUCUUUACUUUGCUUUUUUUUUGUUAAUUUUUUUUAAUUCUUUGCUUUUCACUUGAAAGACGCUCGAAACGUGGAGAUGUGUCGAGGCUCGCUAAUGUCCUUUCUUUUAUCAUUAAGAAGAAAACGUGGGUGCCUUUUGGGGUUGGUUGGGUGGUGUGUUUUGGGCGUGGCAUGGGCGUUCUCCCAGGUAUGGACAGUGGCGAAGCGCAGGUAUUUUGGCGGCCAUUACUGAAAAAACUCACGCUGUCGGCUUAAGUUUCUAAUGGUGAUUCUUAACAUUAAACAAUGAAAGAAAAAUAUGAAAUAUGAAAAUAUGACAACUAAAUGGAGCGUUAAUAAUUAAUAAACAAUUUGUAUUAGGUUCAUAUAUUUGUUCCAGUCUUAAAACCUUCUUGAGAUUUGAGAAUUUAAAAAAAAAAAUAA